AUGUAUUGGCCGGCACUCUUGGCCAUCUGCCAUGUCGUCUUGGCUAUUCAGUCCGAAUCUGAUGGCUCUGAGGCUGAUGACUCCUUCUCAGUUGUAUUGACUUCCACUACCCCUACCCUUGCCUCGACCUUCACUGUUGCAGGCACGGUUUACGUCAUGGCUAGUCAACUAAUCGCUUCUUCUUCUGAUUCCGAGCUCCUAGUAGAGAAGCGAGACCACAUCGUUCCUGGUAUUAUUGACAAUGUUGAGGCCACUGUUGUGGUUGCCACUGUUCCCCCUGCCUUGUCAACCAUACUUUCACCUCAGGAUUCAUCUGCUCAGAUGACAGCACUCAAAGAUGGCACCACAGCUCAAACUCCUGGCCCCAGCGGUACUUAUGGUAGUGGCAGCAACACUGGUACCAACCCUGGAAGCGGCGCUGGGAGUGGUCCUGGGAACGGCCCGGGGACUGGACCAGGCAGUGGUCCGGGCAGCAACCCUGGCGCUGGUCCGGGAAGUGGUCCGGGAAGUGAGACUGGUAACAAUCCUACCGGAAAUGGUCCUGGAGUCGGCGGUGGGAGCGGCCCUGGAAGUAGUGGCGAGUCUGGACUACCCAGCGGUGCUUAUGGACAGCCCCCUAAUACAGCUGGACAGCAACCCUCAAGUCCAACGGGUGAACAGUCUCCGAAUCCUGCCGGACAACAAACUCCAAAUCCAACAGCACAGCAGUCUCCCAGCCUUGGAGGUCAGCAAGGUCCUAGUAGCCAAGAACAGCAGCCAUCUAGUCCUACAGCAGGACAAUCACAGAAUCCUGCAGGUGGUCAAUCUCCUAAUCCCACUGGCGCACAGUCUCCCAACCCAGCGGGACAACAGUCUCCAAGCUCUGCUGGCGCCAGUCCUGGCGUUACCAUCGUGACGAUCCCUUUACUAGGUACCGUUGUUGAGACGGUUACAAUCAGUCUCGAGUCUGCUCCGGCUCCAGGUAACGGUCCAGGUAACGGUCCAGGCAACGGCCCAGUUACGACCAUCACGCAAACUCUACCUACCACGUUUAUCACCAUCCACGCCAGCAACCCCCUAUCAGUACCAUGUGAGUCUAGUACUGGCCCUUGGGGUCCUUUAUCUGUCCCAAAUACCCCAGCUUUGCCUACUACAUUUGUUACCGUUCCUGGUACCGGUGCGGGUGGUCCAGCUCCCAUCUCUAUCCCAUCAAGCGUACCGAGCAUAGUCACAGUUACCGUUCCGGGUCCGGGUGCAGGUGGUCCAGCUCCCAUCCCUAUCCCAUCAAAUAUGCCGGGCAUAGUCACAGUUACAGUACCAGGCAGCCAAGGACCGGGUAACCAAGGGCCAGGUAAUCAAGGGCCAGGUAAUCAAGGGCCAGGUAAUCAAGGACCAAGUAAUUCAGGACUACUUUCAGCAUCUGUUCCACCAGGAGGCUCUCCAACAAACAAUGUACCAGGACCAGCUACGACACCUAAUAUCCCAGGCUGGGCUACUACACCAAAUGGUAUAGGCCCGGCUACGACACCCAAUGUGCCAGGGCCAGUUACAACACCUAACGUCCCAGGUUGGGCUACGAUACCCAAUGUUCCGAGCUGGGCGACAACCCCUGGGACUACUGUCACAGUCCCUAACUCUGCGUACACUAGCCAUGGCAUCACUGGACCACAGACAUCUUCAUCUACCUGCACCACCGGUAUCUACACUAAUGUUAUUUCCACCUCAACGGCCCAGGCUGCUACUACAGCAGCGGCUACAUUGGCCGUAGGCAGCAGCAUUUCUUCUCAGCACAGUACUUGGCCCUUUGGAACAUCUACUACCGCAACACCUACAGUUGCUCUAGUCACUGGGACGAAUGGGGCAUCUGUCACCGCCGAAAUCCACCUUUCUGUUAUCUACAGCGUCAUUGCUGUUACAUUUUUCGCAGGCAUUGCUAGAUGGAUUUAG